AGUUGUGAGGAUGUUAAAAUUUAAGACCCUAGUGUAGUUGAUAGGCUUGAAACCCCAUUAAUGAGGAAGCCAUGAGACGCGAGACGCGCCUCGCUUGCCCUUGGCUCAGCUGACACUUGUAUACAAACAUGAGUUCCAUCCCUGAAGACGCACCUCCACACUGCCCUGGUACUAAUAGUGAAGAUGCAGGCAAAGCCUCUGCCUGUGCUGGUUGUCCCAACCAGCAGAUUUGCUCAUCAGGAGCUGCACAAGCUCCAGACCCAGAUCUUGAUGCUGUAAAAGAACGUCUUUCCUCUGUUAAAUAUAAAAUUUUGGUGUUGUCUGGUAAGGGCGGUGUGGGGAAGUCCACCAUCACUGCUAUGAUUGCUCGAGCCUUAGCACUGGAUAACUCCAAGGAGGUUGGAAUCCUAGAUAUUGACAUAUGUGGUCCGUCUCAGCCCAGAGUACUGGGUGCUGAGGAUGAGAAGGUUCAUUCCUCUGGUGCAGGCUGGUCACCCAUUUAUGUUGCAGAAAAUCUUGCAGUGAUGUCAAUAGGGUUCCUCUUAAACAGUGCAGAUGAUGCUGUCAUUUGGAGAGGACCAAAAAAAAAUGGGAUGAUCAAGCAGUUCCUGCGUGAUGUUAACUGGGGAUCUCUGGACUACCUCAUUGUGGAUACACCACCGGGGACUAGUGAUGAACACUUAAGCAUUGUCCAGUACCUUUCUUCUGCUCCUUCUGUAGCUGCUGUUAUUGUUACAACACCACAGGAGAUUGCAUUACUUGAUGUUCGUAAGGAAAUCACCUUUUGCAAGAAAGUCAACAUUCCAAUUAUUGGUAUUGUGGAGAACAUGACUACAUUUGUGUGCCCCAAGUGCAAGGCAGAGACAGCUAUCUUCCCAGCCACUACAGGAGGAGGUAAGCAGCUAGCAACUGAUGCUGGUCUUCCUCUACUGGGUCAACUGCCUCUAGAUCCAAGAGUUGCCCAAGCAUGUGACCUAGGUCAUAAUUUUCUGACUGAAGAACCAGAUGUACCUGCCACAUCAGCUUACAAAGAUAUUGCAAAAAAAAUAAUCGAGUACUGCAAGAAUCAGAUGCAGCAUGUCAUGAUAAGGUAAAAAUACAGUAUUUCCAGUAAACAUUUAUAUGUAAAAUGAAAAUCAUGAACUGAAAAGGAAACUAUAUAUAUGGAUUAAACUACGUACCUAGAAAAAAUUUUG